UAAAUGGUGAAAAUGAAAUAGAACCUUCACUCGGGUGACAUUACAUUCAUGCGCUCCUUCCCUCCCCCCCUCUCCCUCUGCAUGUUCUCAUCUCGUCCUGCAGGAAUAGACUCUGUUCCUCCUGCAGCCUGACUCUGACACAAUCGGCAUGUCUGCAAACUGAGAGCCGCACAGAGAGCCGCAAUCCCUUCUUUGAGACGCUCAACUUGUGAUUGCUUUCUCGCCGCUGAAGGAGAAGGACGGUGGUUAAAAAUCUGCGACUAGGCUUUUUUCUGGAGGGAUACAGACUUGGAGGAGGAUCAAAACAAGGUCUGUCCCCGAUAACGUGACCACUGAAGGAAGAGAACACAGAACUGCUUCAUCAUGAAUUUUGUAAUGAAAGCUGCGAUGGGAGGAGGACCUCCUGAUGUGGGCAAGAUGCUGGGUGGGGAGGAGAAGGAGGAGGACCCUGAUGCAGCGAAGAAAGAGGAGGAGCGACAGGAGGCGCUGAGGCAGCAGGAGGAGGAGAGGAAGGCCAAAUAUGCCAAGAUGGAGGCUGAGAGGGAAAGCAUGAGACAAGGCAUCAGGGACAAGUAUGGAUUGAAAAAGCGCGAGGAGGCCGAGGCUGAGGCAGCAGCUGUGGAGGAGCCUGCAGCCGGCAGCUUGACUCGACCCAAGAAGGCCGUGCCGGCCGGCUGCGGCGACGAGGAGGAAGAAGAAAGCAUCAUGGACACAAUGAUGAAAUACCUGCCAGGCCCACUGCAAGACAUGCUGAAGAAGUAGGCUAGCUCGUUACCUAUUGCUAACGUUAUCUAGCUUAGUUCAUAGGCUACAUUUACAAGUUUGGCUUAAAUCAGGUCCCCCCAUCCACAUGACAGAUAUGGGCCUUGCUCAUAAUAAAAUUAAGUUUAAUCUGGUGUUUUAUGGCGGGGAAAUCAAUCCAGUGUAAACCAGUUUUGUGAAUUGUAGCCAUUAGACUAAGCUAGGUUUACCCAGUGGCCGGUUGACUGAUGUUAACGUUAGCUAUGUUACACUAAUGAAGCUAACAGCAAGCAGAGGGGCUAAAAACACAAUGUUAGAUGGUUUAUCCUUCUAGUCUGAGACAUUUUAAACUCCCUUUUCUCUCCUCUGCGAUGGCUGCUGAGCUCUUCUCGCAGCACUAAAAAAUAAUAUCCCUGUUCACUCAAUUUGUACAUAAAUAAAUGAAUACAUUACAGCCUCAAGGUGGCAAACAAUCAUACAAUAUUAUAUGAAAUUAUUAUACUUAUACUGUGUGUCUGUCUCUAAAAUAAAAAAAAGUGAUAACUUGAUAAGCCAUAUUUUAAAAAGGAAAUUUAAAGUCUACUGUGGUGUGCUCCUAAAGCUACUGUUUUGUGUUCGACCAUGUCUGAAAUUUAUGUAAAACUUUUGCACACAGUGUUACACAUUGUCUGUCAGACCUAUUGUCUGUCUCCCCUACACAAUCCCCCAAUGGCCAACAUCAAAGUGUGAUGACAUUCAUGUAGUGUAGUGUUUAAAAGAUGUUUCUAUUCCCCUGUUUAGUGCGUCCUUAUUAUGUCUUGCAUGCCAUUUGUCUGGAAAAGUUUGUUGUGUGAAUAUGUAUCAACUCCCCCCCCCCCCCAGCCCUUUUAUCCUCUUCUUUAUCAUGCAAAAAAUAUUAAGGCAAUAACUCCUAAGUUUGUGUGUUUUCACCAUGUCAAUAUAACCAUGAAUAAUAUCAGUAAUAAAAAAAUGAUAUAUGCAUUCAGGAAAUUUUAAUUUACAGGUUUGCAGGGUUUUUGUUUUUUUGUUGUAUCAUUGUUAUGAUGAAGAAUGACCGUGUAGCCGAUACCUUAAGCUUUCAGCCAUAAAACCAGAACUUACAGUAUAGCCUAUAUACUAUUACUUUCAGGAUCUACUACUAGCGAGAGAGUACUGAAUGAAUCUGUAUGAAUAAAUAAGACAUAUGUAUUCAUGAUUUUUAAGCUAUAAUAACUUGAAAGUGGACUACGUGUAUGGAUUUUGCACCAUGUGAAGAUUUGCGAGAAAGAGACCACCUUCCCUCAAUACACACACGCACACAGUGAAGUGAAUACUGCAGUUUGGCUACUGAUUUAGUUACAUACCAAAACCAGAAGUGUUAUAAAAGAUGACGCGAUGCUUGAUUCAGUUCUACUUAUUGUUGGUUUAGAUGGGAGAAUGAGCCGCUGAGGGCUGCGUGGUAUGUCAUGAGCAAUAAAGGAUUAUCAUGUAUGUUUCUGCCUGAGAUUCAAUAAAAACUUAAAACCUUGUUCACAGAUGUAAAAAA